UGGCUCUGGCGCAGAGGCUCCUGGGUGAAGUAGUCGUGAAGAAAUUCUCCCAGCACCGGAAGUGGAUAAGAGGAGGCGCGUGUGAGAGCAGUCGCGUCUCCGUCUCUCACCCGGCUGGCGUCAUGUCUGUUAAUCCGGUGGACUGCAGUCUCGAGGGAGACACACGUCCUCACUCCUCCUCCUGCUUCUGGACGAUUUGGGAGCUCCUCCAGCAUGGCCAGAGAGGCAGCCCUAGGAGGAAGGCACACUUUCUCCCAGUUUCCUAGUCCUUCCUGCUGCCCUGCCAGCCAGGAUUGUGGAGGGGAAGGAGGAGGAGCUAAAAUGAGGACCUGGUUGUUUGGUCCCCAUCAGCUACAACUGAGGACAUUGCCACCCUCAAGGACGUAGCCAUGGACUUCACCUUGGAGAACUGGGAGCAGCUGGGGCAGGGCCAGGGAGACCUGUUCAGGGACACGGCGCUAGACAACUACCAGAACCUCUUCCUGCUGAACCCCCCAGACCCAACCUGACCUUCCAUCCAGAUGGUGGGGAAAAGCUGGAGGCCCUUGUGAAAGAAAGCCCAGAGUCAACAGAUGCUGGUGAGUGGGCAGCCAGGGCCCCCCCCAGGGAAGGGUGGAGGGAGCUCACAGGGUGUGGUCCUUUGGUGGGCCCUCUGUCUUUGGGACCUCCAUCCCCAGUAGGUCUCCUCACACAUCUCCACCCCCUGCUUCUUGGUUUCACUCUGCCACGCACUGGCUUCAGAUUGGGGAGCCUCACCCUGCACACCUUAUCUCCGUGUACCUCUAUGUUCAGCACGUGACUGUUUUGGUGCCCUUCGUCUGUUCCCUCUGCAUCCUUCCAGACUCAGCAGGGCUCAGCAUUCCAUUCCCUGAGUCAGUCUCUCCUCCUUUGUCUUGUGCCCCUUGAGCACUGUGGACCUCCCUGUCUACCUAUUUCACACUGAAGAAGAACCAUGGGAGAGUCAGGAUGGUGACUGUCCAGCAGAUCACGACUCACAGCCUUUUGAGUGUCAUAAACCACCCCCAGGUAAAACCUACAAUUGUAACGAAUGUGGCCAGAGUUUUAGCCAAACCUUUCAUCUCUCUCUGCAUCAGAAGACCCAUACUCAGAAAUGCUACGAAUGUGCCAAAUGCAAGGCACCUUUCAACUCCAACAGAUACCUCCUCCAACAUCAGAAAAUUCGUGCUGCAAAAAUGAACACUGAGGAUCAGGAGGGUGGGAACGCCUGCAGGCAGAGCUCCUUGCUUGUCCAACAGCAGUCUGUUCACACUGCAGAGGAGCCUUAUAAGUGUGAUGAGUGUGGGAAAACCUUUAGCCAUAGCCUGGCCCUAAAGAUCCACCAGAGGGUUCACAGUGGAGAGAAGCCUUACAAAUGCAACGAAUGUGGGAAAGCCUUUUCCGGAACAGUCACCUUAAUGAACACCAGAGGGUUCACACGGGUUACUGGCCCUACAAAUGUCACAAAUGUGUCGAGUUUCAGCCGGCCUUCCCACCUGAUUCGACACCUGUCCAUUCAUACUACAGAAAAGCUCUACAGCUGUGCCAAAUGCAAGAAGACCUUCAGCUGCAAUGAACACCUUGUUCAGCACCAGAAAAUCCAUGCUGUGGAAACCCCCUAUGAAUGUCAGGAGUGUGGUGAGCAAUUUGUUUGCUGCUCGACCCCAACUUGCCACCAGAGCAUUCACACUAGAGAAAAAGGACUCAGUGAGAGCCAGGAGAUCUUAUAUGAGAAACCCGAGCACAGAGAGCAUCCAAGGAUCUGUGGGAAGUGCUUUAAGUGUAACAAAUGCGAGAAAACCGUCAGCCGCAGAAAAGACCUGACUCAGCACGAGUUGAUUCACACCAGGGUGAAGCCCUUUGAGUGUAACCAGUGUGGGAAAGCCUUUGGGCAAAGUUCACAGCUCAUCCGGCACCAGAGGAUCCACUCUAGAUUGAGAUCAUACAGAUGUGGGGACUGUGGGAAGGCCUUUAUCUACAGUACCUCCUUCAUCAAACAUCAGUCCCUCCAUGGGAUCGAGCAUCCCUUUAAAUGUAACGAAUGUGGAAGGACCUUCAGCCAAAGUGCACGUCUCUUAGAACAUCAGUUAGUCCACACUACGAAGAAGCCCUUGAAACCUAAGAAGUGUGACAAAGUCUUGGCUCACAGUAACCACCUUAUUCAGCAUCAGGGAACUCAGGCUGGAAAGAAACCCUUUGAGCAGAAUGAAUGUGGGGAAAUUAUCCAGGAGAGCUCAUGCCUUUCUAAGCACCAGGGAGUUUACACAGAUGAGAAGACCUAUACAUGUGACUGUGGGAGAACCUUCAGCCUGGGUGCUCAACUCAUUUACUACCAGAGAGUUCACACUGGAGAAAAGCCUUACAUUUGUCAGGAAUGCGGGAAAGCCUUCAGCCAGAGCUCGUGCUUCUCUAAGCAUCAGAGACUUCACAAAGGUGAAAAGCCCUAUAAAUGUGACAACUGUGGGAAAGCUUUCAGUCAGGGUACUCCACUUAUCCAACACCAGAGGAUUCAUACUGGAGAGAAGCCUUACGUUUGUUAGGAAUGCAGGAAAACCUUCCGGCAGUGCUCGUGCUUUUCUAAGCAUCAGAGAGUUCAUACCAGGGAGAAGCCUUAUGUGUGUGCUAAAUGUGGGAAAGCCUUUGCCCAGAAAACAAAUCUGAUGCAGCAUGAGACAACUCACACAGGGGAGAAACCUUAUGCUUGUGGUGUGUGUGGGAGAGCCUUUCGCCUUAGGGCCCAUCUCAGUCAGCACCAGAGAAUUCACACCCAGAAGAAACUAUAUCAGUGUCAACAUUGUCAGAAAGCCUUGUGCUGCUGCUCAGGUCUCAGCCGGCAGCAGUGAGUUCACACUCCAAAGUAGCAGGUAGCAAUCCCUCCCCAUGACCCCUGGGUAGCAGCAGGCCCUCAGACAUCUCAGAGUGUGUUCCUCCAAGGCCCGAAGUUGAAACCAUCCCAGUGUAAGCCCCUCCCCCCCAUGAGUAAUUAAUCUCUCUAGUAAUAAAGAUUGAUUAGAAAAUUUGCACACAUUUCAUUAAAACAAUGAAAACUGGAGCUUUGGAAGUCAGGUAGACUGGACCCUGUUUACUGAGUUCAAUCCCAGUUCUGUCACCUGCCAGGUACCUAAGUGACCUACAGAGAGUCUUGGGGAUUCACUAUCUGUAUCUGUAAGAUAGGCACAAUCCUAGUUACUACCUCAAAAGACUACUGUGAACAUAAAUAGAUGCAAAGCACUUAGAACCAAGUACCCAGCACAUAGUACUCACCAAGUGUGAGCUACAAAUACACAUCAGAUAUAACAAAUACACUCUUUUACAAUAGAGGAAAGAGAUGAUUCGGCAACCCUCUUUCUAUUCAACUGCAGUUACUGUUGUUACUAAUAUUACUCAUGGCUUUAAUUUUCAAAGUUUUCCUUCAGUAUACCCUUGGCUUGUUUCCAAAAUGUAAGCCGUUUGUUCUUUACUGAAAAAAAAAAAAAAAAGUCUAUUCCUUCCCUCCAUCUCAGGUCUGUCCUAGUACUUUGUUAACUAACCCACAAAAAGCCAAGAAGAAUCUCUUAACAUCUAAUAUCUCACAGCAAGAAUUUUCCACUCCUAGCUUCCCAAAUCUCUUACUCAAAAGGAUCCCCUCCACAUCCACAUGCUAUCCCUUCCCAUAGUCUCCCAUUUUAAAUGGUUGGUUAAAUGAUGAGACCAAAUUUAUCAUGAAAGUUAAAGCUGUAAAUAGCUGGAUUCAGUUAGGAAAGCUGCAGUGGAUAUCAUUGUCUCCACAUGGUUCACACAAUCUAUGCAGAAGAUGUACUUGGUGCAAAAAUAGUGAUGCACAGAAAUGACUUCUGGAAUGUUCAUCCUCCAUCAUUAGUCCAACCUGGCCACUCACAGGCACUUUACUAUAGGGUCCAAGUUGGGGAUCACCAACACUUUAAAGUCCUGCCCUUGCCUUGAAGCUUCUAGAAUCAAAGGGAAAUGAAUGGUCUCAUUUCAUAGAGGAGUGCUGUCUGUUGCCAGGUGAUUCCUUGGAGUUGGAGCCCUUGCAUUCACUGCUCACUGUGGCCAGGCCUGUUCUACAACUGAGUCUUACUUCAGGGAACCACAUGACAAGCUCUUUUGAUGGCACCUCCUCAGCUCUGAGCUUUUGUGUACCACUUGCUACAGGAUCCAGUCACCUGUUUACUGAAGCACAAACAUUCUUACAAAGAUACUGGACUCUGGUAGUUUUAAUAUUCUUUCAUAUUUUUGGUGCUAAAAAAUGUUCAAGAGUCUAUGCUCUGGGCCCCUGGGAUAUUUAAAACCUUGCACCUUGAGUUGCACUGGUUGGUUUUUUGAAAAUGGGAACUUACCGGCUGACCACACCACCGUGGGGAGUGUACUGGUUUUCAAAUGGCUGAAAAUGUCCAACUUCUCCCUGCCUUUUAUAUCUGAGCAACAGGCCUGAUAUAUACCCAAGGGGUGGGGUAGGGGUGGGAACUCAAAUUGCUAAGUGUAUUCAAGCAAGAGUUUUGACACCAAAGAGAAGUCAGAGGCCCUGUGGAAAGCUGGCAGCCAUUUGUCUGUAUGUGUUAUCUGUGAACUAAUGAGCUGUGUUCUGUGGACCAGGGUAGAAACGCCUACCCUCAUGUUUGAGUGUGUGUUCUCUGAUUAAAAGUUUUUUUACUUUCUGA